UGUGCAAUAGAUGAGUCACCAACAGAUAAUGCUCCGCGACUUGACAGUAUUCCACCCAGUGUUAUUCGUAUAUCUGAAAGUGCAACUGUUGGGAGUCUGAUAUUAACUCUUUCUGGUAGUGACCCGGAGGGGGCAACGGUCAUCUACGGAAUUGAUCAACCUGAACCCAACUAUCUGUCUGUAGGGCCAGUAGAUGGUGAAGUUAGAAUCCGUCAGCAACUAGAUGCCGAGACUGAUUUGUUUUUUCAAGUUGACUUUACUAUCAGUGAUGGGACUAACCUACCUGUUGAAUACCCUUCCUUUAUUCUAGUCACAGAUGUGAACGACAAUGCUCCUCAGUUUGUAAACACGCCAUACAGAUUCCAAGUGCCUGAGGAUGCACCCAUUGACUAUCUCAUCACAACUAUCUCAACCACAGAUCCUGACACAGGGAUUCAAGGUGCUGAAUACCAACUCCUAGAGAAUACAACUAUUAUUUCUGUUAACCUGACUUCAGGCAGAGUUCUCCUUAAGCAGCAACUGAACCAUGAGGUCACCAAAACGUACCAGUUUACAGUUCAAGCUUUUGACUUAGGAUCACCACGUCUUGAAAACACCACUGACUUCAUAUUAGAGGUUCAGGAUGUUCAAGACUCGCUUCCUGUUUUUGUGAAUACACCAUAUACUUCAACUGUACAAGAAAAUGCUCCAAUUGGUACCAUUGUGACAACAGUAAGUGCGAUUGACCAAGAUACUGGUGUACCAAAUGUAAUCAGUUAUAGCAUAGUUGGUGGUAACGAAGCAGGCUUUUUCUAUAUCAAUCCUGCUACUGGCAAUGUAACAGUAAACAGCGUUAUUGAUAGGGAUAUGGAAGGCUUCUCUGGCAUUGUACAACUCACAGUCAUGGCUACUGAACUUGGCAGCAGUGGGGGAGCUAAUGUUAGCACUAUUUUUUCCAUUAUGGUUGAGGAUGUAAGUGACCAAGCUCCAAUAUUCGGCCAACCACAAUAUGAUGUUUCUAUAUCAGAAAGUGCCCAGCAAGGACAACAGCUCCCUCUACAGAUCCUAGUCAGUGAUGCUGAUAUGGGCACAAAUGCUGAUUUCUCAUUAAGAUUACAAGGCAACCACUCAGAGCUUUUUAGCAUUACACCAUUGCAGGCUAGUGGCAGUACAGAGGUUAACCUCACCCUCCUACAGUCCCUUGAUUAUGAGAGUAGCACCUCAUACUCACUUCAAAUCGUUGCAGUGGACACGACUAACACAGAAUUAAGUAGUGAAGCCACAGUAAUGAUCAAUGUCAUUAAUGAAAAUGAUAAUGCACCAAUCUUCCCUCCUGUACCCUACAUUGCUAAUUUACAAGAGAAUGUUGCUGUUGGUAGCCCAGUCAUACAAGUUAUCGCUGCUGACAAUGAUCUAGGGUCACUCGGGCAAAUUACUUAUACCUUAAGUGGGUCAGACAGAUUUGCAAUUAAUUCUGGUACUGGUGAAAUCUCUGUGGCACAACCACUCAACUAUGAAGAAUCAAAAAAUCAUGUUCUAACAGUAACUGCUUCCGAUGGGGGCGUUCCUCCAAGAACUGCGGAUACAAGUGUCACAGUAUACGUGACGGAUGUGAAUGACAAUGCCCCGCAAUUUACAAGAGAGAUAUAUGAGGCAUAUGUUGAGGAGAACGAGAUGUACAGCGUCGGACGAGAAAUAACAACUGUUCGAGCAGAUGAUCCUGAUUUGUCAUCCAACAACCUAGUAAACUACUUUUUCCUAAAAACAUUCCCGAAUGGCACAACUGCAACAUCUACAACCUUUGACAACUUCAUUAUAAUGGCCUCACUAGGGAGUGGAUACAUCUACACUACACAAACAUUGGACUUUGAAACUAUUAUGAGUAAUCCACUGGCAAUAACUGUUGUUGCUGAGGAUUCUGAAGGACUAAGAGACUCAGCCACUCUCAACAUUCAUGUCAUAGAUAAAAAUGAUAAUGCACCAGUAUUUAAACAACCCAGCUAUGAAGCAACAAUCCCAGAAAACUUUGCAAAUGGAGACGAAGUGCUGACCGUGUCUGCAACAGAUAGUGAUGGCUCUUCUAUUUACGGCUCACCCUCCAUCCUUUACUCACUAAAGCCACCUAACAGCUACUUUACAGUGAAUGCUGUCUCCGGCAGUGUUUCUACCAUAGCAACCCUUGAAGCUGAUGAUGGAACUGAGACAAUUGAAUUUGAGGUUGUGGCCAUGGAUGGAGGACAAGGUUUAAGCCAGAUGUCAUCUAGCGCUAUGGUUACCAUUAGAAUUACAGAUGUUAAUGAUAAUGACCCAGUUUUUGUUGACAACAAAAUCACGGCAUAUGUACCUGAAAAUGCGACAGUAGGACAUCUAGUUGCCAUGGUCAGCACAACUGAUAGGGACCAACUCAACAACACAGAUGUGACAUACUCAAUCAUUAGUGGCAAUGACAAUGGCUUCUUUACUAUUGAUCCAUUGCUUGGAAAUAUAUCAACCACUGGAAAUCUGGAUUUUGAGACUACUGGUUCAUUUACACUAAUUAUUCUUGCAGAAGCCAGAACUUCUCCAGUUCCACCUGCUACCGGUGCAGCAACUGCUAUUGUGGAAGUGUUUCUACAAGAUGUCAAUGAUAAUGCACCAGUGUUCACAAAAGAAGUGUACAACUUCCAAGUGUCUGAGAAUGAAGUGCCAGGUGAUGUUAUUGGUGAUGUUUCAGCUACGGAUGCAGACUCUACAGUGAAUGCUGAAAUACAGUAUUCAAUUAUUUCUGGCAAUGAAAAUGGGUUGUUUACUCUACUGACCCAAUCCAGGGGUGUGUUGACCCUUGCUCAACCGCUGGAUCGGGAAACAAGCCCUUCACAUGUGUUAACUAUCAGAGCUGAGGACCUAGGCCAGCCUAGUUUAAGCUCAGAGACCACUGUUAGAAUUAUGGUUCUGGAUGCCAAUGAUAAUGACCCUAUAUGGAUACAAGAUACCUAUUCUGUUAAUGUUACUGAUGGAAGCUCUCCAGGGCUACUUUUGCAGGUGCAAGCAACCGAUUCUGAUGAAGGCAAAAACAGUCAACUCAUAUACACAAUCAAGCCUCCAAAUGCAGACUUUUUUAUUAAUUCAUCCACUGGAGAGCUGUUCACAGUGACAGAGAUUGACAGGGAAGAAUCUAGUUUCAUCACUCUAUUUGUUAAUGUCAGAGAUGAUGGAGACGAGUCACGUAGCGCUACAAGCUCAGCUGAAGUUGAAAUAACUGUCAUUGAUGUCAACGAUAAUGCACCAGUAUCGCUUCUUCCAGACUAUUCUUUUACAGUUGAAGAAAAUUCAGAUUCAGGGACUAUUGUUGGCAGGGUACAAGCUUCUGAUGCAGAUUCUACAUCACAUUUAUUAUAUUCAUUUGUAAACAGUUCCAUGGAAUUCACUAUAAACAUAACUUCAGGAGAAAUAACAACUCAAAGGUCUUUAGACAGAGAAUCCAAGGCACAUUACACCCUCACAGCAAUGGUAAUAGAUGGAAAGUACUCAGUAUCUGUGCCAAUCACUAUUACCGUGGUGGAUGUUAAUGAUAAUGCACCGCAAUUUACAAAGGCCCAAUAUGAAGUACCAAUUUCAGAGUAUGCUGUUCCAGGAUCACCCGUUAUUCAAGUUCUUGCUAUUGAUAAUGAUGAGGGUGAUAAUGGUGGAGUUAUGUAUUCAAUUCUUGAUGGUAAUUAUGGCAAUGCUUUUCGGAUUGAUCCUGCAACUGGUCGGAUGCAAGUGGCUACCAGUCUAGACAGAGAAGUAACACCUAUGUACACCAUUACUAUCCUAGCCACGGACAGAGCAGAAGGUGAUGCCAUGAGCAGCACUGCACUUGUUAUUGUAACAAUUCUUGAUGAGAAUGACAACAGGCCAUUGUUCACACAGAAUGUCUACACAGCGAAUGUAGCAGAAGAUGUCCCUAUGGGUACUAAUAUCAUUCAGGUGUCGGCUACCGAUGCUGAUGUAGGUGUAAAUGCAGACAUCACGUUCAGCAUCAUCAGUGGAAAUGAGAACUCGUUGUUCGCAAUGAACAGCACAACUGGACAGAUCUCACGGGGUAUGAAUGCAUUUGAUUUUGAGUCUGCUGGUUUGCACAGUCUCAUUGUGCAGGCAUCGAAUCAAGAUGGAGAACAAUCAACUGCGACUGUCCAUAUUACCAUUGAUGAUGUGAAUGAUGAAAUGCCGCAGUUCACGCAAGAGCUCUACCAGCGACCUGAUUUGAGUGAAAAUGCACUAGCUGGUGAUGUUGUGGUUAUAGUAUCAGCCACAGAUCGUGAUACUGGUUCUGGUGGUGUUGUCUCUUACAGCAUUGUAGCAGGUGAUGAAUUAGGCUUGUUUGGAAUGAAUCCCACCAGUGGUGCUCUAACUGUUGUAGGGAGCCUCGAUUAUGAAACCUUUCGCAACUACACACUCACCGUUGCUGCAACUGACCAAUCACCACCCAACAAUGUUGGAUAUGCAAAUGUAAAGAUCAUGAUUGUAAAUGUGAAUGAUGAAGUUCCACGGUUUGAGAGAACCAGGUACACAGAGUAUGUGUAUGAGAAUGUCAUGGUUGGAUAUUCAGUAGCGCAGGUAACAGCAAUUGAUAGGGAUGGGCAAGCAUCUGUUGUGUACAGCAUUGAUACCAAUGGUGAUGCUUCAAACUUGUUUGAUAUAAACUCAACUACGGGGGAAAUAACAACCAAAGAACAUCUUGAUAGAGAGACUAGUCCAGAGAUAUCAUUUACAAUCUUUGCAUCAGAUGGUGGAAUUGAAAGGGGCUCUGCUUUAUUCAGUGUUAUUCUUCUUGAUGUUAAUGAUAAUAAGCCUAUGUUUGAUGUGAGCUCAGAGGUCAUUGCUGAGAUAAUGGAGAAUUCACCAAUUGGAAGCCUCGUUACUUCAUUCAUAGCAACUGAUACAGAUUUUGGUCCAAAUUCACAGAUUAGCUAUAAUUUCAUAAGUGGUAAUGAAGAAGGACGGUUUAGCUUGUCUGUUCUACCAGAUGGCUGGGUGCAAGUUAAUACCACAACAGAUAUUGAUCGAGAGAUGCAGUCUUCUUAUCUUCUUAAUGUUUCUGCUAUUGACAAUGGAAUCCCUUCACAGCAUAAUAACUUGUUAAUAAGAGUUGUCAUACAGGAUGCUAAUGAUAACACUCCAGAAUUUUCUGCAAAGGAGUACAGCGCCACCAUUAAGGAGAAUUCAGUGGCAAAUACAGUUGUAGUUAAUGUCCAAGCUUCAGACGCAGAUGAUGAUCAGAAUGGCGCCAUUCGCUAUGACAUCACUGCUGGCAAUCCUGGUGUUUUCGCCAUUGAUGCAAUUUCUGGCAACAUAACAACUACUUAUACUAACCUGGAUCGAGAGGUCAAAGAGUUUUAUAAUUUAACUGUAGUAGCUAGAGACCUUGGCAGUCCUUCAAAAAAGUCUACAACUUAUGUUGAAAUCACUGUACUGGAUGCUAAUGACAAUGCGCCAAUAUUUGAGGAGAGCAGCCAAACUGUAAACAUUAUAGAGGGCACAUCAUCUGUUGGUAUUGUGGUCGCUACAGUGCUUGCAACUGAUGCAGAUUUGGGAACUAGUGGAGACGUGCAAUAUUUUAUUGAGGAUGGAAACAUUGGGGAUGUCUUCUUGAUCAACUCCACCACAGGUGUGAUAACAACCUUGGCAACUCUUGAUAGAGAGGUGGUGGAAGAGUAUGUGUUAACGAUCACUGCAAUUGAUCAAGAUUCCAAUGAAAACAACAGAAAGAGUAGCACAGCCACAGUGACAGUGCAAGUUGAGGAUAUCAAUGAUGUCGUACCCACCUUUCCAUCAUCAUUUGUUGGUCCAAUUUUUGUCCAAGAAGGAAUACGUGGAGAAUAUCUUGGAACAUACAUUGCAGAAGAUAAUGAUAUUGGACUUAGUGGAAACAUUCUUUAUUCCUUAGGAAAUGAAUCAAGAGAUAUGUUCAUGAUCAAUAGUGUUACGGGCAUACUAUCAUUGAAAAUAAAUGUAGUUUUGGACUACGAGACUAAGAAAGAGUAUAAUAUCAGCAUCUUAGCAACUGACAGAGGCAGCCCUGCAUUAGUUGGCAUGAUGGUUCUCUAUGUGCAAGUACUGGAUCAAAAUGACAACAGUCCAGAGUUCAAUAACCUCCCAUAUCUGGCUACUGUUCCAGAAAAUAUUAGUGUGGGUGCUAGCGUCUUCCAAGUAAAUGCAUAUGAUAUUGAUGGUGCUGAUUUCCAACCAAUCAGACUGAGUAUAAUUGAAGGCAAUUAUGGUGCUGUAUUUAGGAUUGAUGAGACUGGGACUGUGUUUGUUAAUAACAGCCUGGAUAGGGAGACAACGAGUUUAUAUGAACUAGUAAUAGCAGCUACAGAUAAUGUUCAAGAUCCUGAUAACAGUCGAACAGUAAGUUGUACAUUUGUUGUUCAGCUUUUUGCAAGUGACCCAGAUGGCUACCCUUUGACCUUUAAGCUUGACAAUGGUGGAUUAAAUAAGUUCACAAUUGACUCCUCCUCUGGUGUCAUCACAGUUGCCACCACUCUUGAUUUUGAACAGCAAAAGUUUUUUACUUUGACAAUCUCCGCAUCUGAUACAGGGUCAUCUCCACAGACAGGAUACUCAACUGUCUAUCUUCAAAUUCUCGAUAUCAAUGACAGUCGGCCAAAGUUUACCAAGCUAAUUAGUAACUACGUUAUUCAGGAGAAUUCACCCCCGAUGCUGAUUGGUAAUGUCACUGCAGAAGACGAUGACACGUCCUCUAACAUUUCAUACACAGUCAUGUCUUUAAUAGCUUUUGAUGGUAACAGUAUUCCGAUUUCGGAUGACAGUUUGUUCCAAGAUUUUAUCCGACUUGAUUCUAUGACAGGUGAUAUUUAUGCAAAUGAAGGUAUUGAUCGAGAGAUAGCGGUGCGCUUGGAACUGACAAUCAACGCGAGAGAUUUAGCUGCCUUCAAUCCUGAUUAUUAUGACAGUGAUCCUGAUGCUGUGGUUCGUAUUGAAAUCAGUGAUGUAAAUGACAAUGCUCCCGCAUUUAGCAGCGCCAACAUAAUCCAGAGUGUUGCUGAGGGCACACCCAUAGGCACCGUUAUCCUGAAUGUUAACGCCAAUGAUCCAGACAGUGGUUUGAGUGGUGCUGUCUUAUACACACUGAUUAAUACAACUGAGAUCAUUACCAUAGACAAUACAACUGGCCAAGUAACACUAACACAAGAAUUAGACAGAGAAGCAAAUGAAGAGUUAACCUUUCUGAUCAAGGCUUCUGAUGGUGGGGUGCCAUCUCUGUCAAGCAUCCUGCAUUUGGAUCUACUUGUUCUUGACAUCAAUGACAACAACCCAGUAUUCAGUCAGACAUACUACCAUGUUGAAAUCCCUGAGAAUAUUGUAGUCAGUGCAGAUGUUAUACAAGUAACAGCUACCGAUAUCGAUGAAGGCAGCUUUGGGACGGUCAUGUACAGUCUAUCCGGUGGACAAGGAAAAUUCAGCAUUAACCAGAUGACUGGUCUUGUAAUUGUGUCUGCGCCCCUUGACAAGGAGGAACAGGGUAGCUAUACCCUUACUGUCACAGCAAGGGACAAUCCAUCUGGUUCUGUCAACAACAGGCGGGAAAGCUCAGCUCAGGUUAUUGUCACUGUUGAAGAUGUUAAUGAGUUCCCACCACUGGCUUCUAUGGACCAAUACACUUUCGAGGUUGAGGAAAAUCUUCCAGCUGACACUCUGAUUGGCCAAGUGGUGGCUGAAGAUCCAGAUAAUUCACCAAACCAGCAACUGACAUUCACAAUCACUAACUCAACUUCACCAGAAUUUCUUUCAUUGUUGAGAAUAAACUCAUCGACAGGGGAGCUAUUUACAACAGUGUCACUUGAUAGGGAGUCAAAUGCCUAUCCAAGUACCACAAUAUUGACAAUUGAGAUUUCUGAUAAUGGUUUCCCUCAGAUGUCGUCGCAGCCUCUAGUGGAGGUUGAAAUCUUAGAUGUAAAUGACAAUGACCCUGAGUUCCUAUCACCUACUUACUAUGCAAACAUUUCUGAAGACUCUUCCAUUGAGACAUUAGAAAUCAGCUCUGAAAAUGAGACGAACAAACAAAUGCGAAUCCGUGCUGCGCAACAGACGCGUGCGAUGACAGAAUUGCUUGAAAAGACUGCUAGGUAUUAUGUUGGAAGAUGUAUAGCAGUAGAUAAUGAUGCUGGCAGCGACACUUCACAGAUAAUUUACAGCAUCAUUGGAGGGAAUUCUGCUAAGGCCUUUGCAGUCAACUCAUCCACCGGAGAAUUGGAAACUACUACAAUGCUAGACAGGGAAUUAGUUGCAUCGUACACCCUCAUAAUUCAAGCCAGCAACCAAGAUGGGUUGGCUUCAACAACUCAAGUCUCCAUUACUAUUGAGGAUAUCAAUGAUGUUGUGCCACAUUUUGAGCCUUCUUUCUUACCAAUCCAAGUGCUCUCAGAAAGUGUUGAUAUAGGCACAGUGGUUGUCACGGUAACAGCAAAGGAUGAGGAUGAGGGUGCCAAUGGAGAAGUUGUUUAUAGUAUCAUUGGUGGUAAUGAUGGAGGUGUUUUCACAAUAGACCAACAGUCAGGAACUAUCUUAACAGUCCAAUUGCUUUCUGAGCAAAACCCACAAGUGUUCACCUUUGACCUGGUAGUCAUGGCAAUGGAUGAAGGAGAUGAUCCCUUAUCAAGUACAACAGUAGUCUCCAUCAAGAUUAAUGAUGAGAACAAUCAUAAGCCAGUUUUUAUCAGUCCAGUGGCUGGUCAGAGGCUUACAGUGCCUGAGAAUGUUGAUGCUGGAUACCUGAUUACAAUAGUUAGUGCUACAGAUGGGGAUGCUGGGGACAGCAGCAUUAUCACAUACGGGUUUGAUGAUUCAAGAACAGAAGACCACGAUAUACUACUCAAGUUCAGCAUCGACCCCAACACUGGUAGAUUGCUCAGUAAUACUACCUUUGAUAGAGAAAUGCAGGAAACAUACACGUUGGUUUUAACGGCACAAGACAAUGGUGUACCAAGACAAACCACACAACAAGAGAUCAUAAUAGAAGUGUCUGAUGUAAAUGACAAUGAACCAGGUUUCCCUACAAUAGAGCCUGGUGUUCCUCCUGUGCAAGUGAUGUCUGUUCCGGAAGGAGCAGUAAAUGGAACUUAUGUUGGCACAGUCAUGGAAGCUGUCGAUCCAGAUAAGGAAAAAGACUACUAUUACUUCAUUGUUGAUGGGAAUGACCCAGUAAGGUUUAACUUGAACAAAGAUUCUGGUGAGUUGUUUGUAGUGGGCCCUCUAGAUCGUGAAGUUGGAUCAGCAGUCAGUCUCAUUGUUAAAGUGUCGAGUGAUCCAGUCUACACAACAACUCAGAGAAGGAAGAGAGCAACUACUGACCUGCUGUCUGACCGCUCUUUGUUAGAGGUGAUUAUUAAUUUGGAGGAUGUUAAUGACAAUGGUCCAGUAUUUGCAGAAGCAGUAUAUAUUGCAGGAGUUCCAGCAGAAGCAGAUCCUGGAACAGAGAUUUUUACAAUGACCGCUGUUGAUGCAGACAGUGCUGAGCACACUUCAACUGAGUACGCCAUCCUGGCCACCGCUAGUGUCAAGGAUGGUGUUCAAGCAGAGGCAGACAGCACUUUCUCUAUUUACAAGAAAACAGGUCUCAUCACCCUCAGCAAAAAGGUUGAUGGAGACGCAUAUGAGUAUUUUGAUAUUACUGUGAGGGCGAUGGACACUUUAUCCAGUAUUGAAUCCUUGGCAAAUUUGAAGGUGUAUGUCCUUGAUCCAAAUGAACGGGUUGCCCUGGUUGUCAAUGCACCAAUAGAGGACGUACAAGCCAAACAAGAUCAGCUCAUCGAAGUGUUGAGCAAUAUUACUCGGGGUAUAGUGUUCAUAGACGAUAUUGUGCUGUACACUACGGAGAAUGAGAAGGGAGACCCAGAGCAGACCUUGAUUAGCCUAAAUGUUGUAGAUCCAGAGACAAAUGAAGCAAUGCCUGCUGAUGUUGUUUUAAUGAGAAUUGAUGAGAAUUUUCAGUUAAUCAAUGCACUUUUUGAUGUUGUUGAUUCUUAUCCUGUGAUUACUGGUAGUGGUGGACAAAACUGGGCACUGUUGGAGAUCGCAUUAAUAGCAAUAGCUAUUCUCAUAUUUAUUGGAACGCUUGCUUUCUGUGUUAUUGUAUGCUGCUUACGCAAAAGCUACAGAAAGAAAUUGAGUAUGCGUCAUGCUGUUAGCUUUGGAAAUGCUCAGAACCUUCUUGAUAACAAUCCCUACGAUUACCAAGGUGACAAUCCUUUUUGGCUGGAUGGAGAGGCUAGCAUGAGUGACUGGCCCGAUAGUAUAUCAUUGAUUGACAGCCGGCAAGUGCCAUACAGGGAUGGGCCAAUGGACUUCUUCUCUGGGACAACCACAUUUGAUGCCUCACACAAAGCCAAGAAUGGAACAAUCCAGAAUGCACUACCUCCACCUCCUCCACCGCCAGGCCAAAGCUCAAGCAAUACGCCAUCUGAAGCGAGUUCAAUUGAACUUUUAAAGCAAGAACUUGCAGCCUAUGGAUCAUCACUAGACCCUCGUGCUAUCCCAAUAAAUGAGUCUGAACUUGAGGAGACGCAUAGUGGCAUGUUGACACCCAAGCGGGUCAAGGAAAUCCACCAGAUGCUUGAGGAAUUGACAUCAACAGACUCUGCAGCAGCAGCAUACCGACAAGAGCUUGAUUAUGACAACCAGUUAAGUACUAUCGCAGAGGAAGAGGCAUCGAUGAUUUCAUCGUUGACAGAAGGGUCAUCGUUGGAACAUGGCCGACAUAAUCAUGAUCUCUACGCAAAAGUAAUGAGACCCACUACCAUCCAAGAGGAUGGAGAAUGUGCGGAUGUAUCAUCAGAAUCAACAUCGUCAUCCACGCAGGCUACCGUCUUAAGUGUGACAACAUACAAACUGAAAACAAAUGGUGAUAAAGAUGAGCCGAUUGUGAAUGGGCAUGUAACAGAGAUAGAAUCUGAGGAGUCAGAUUCAGAAUCUGAUGGGUGUAAAAAACAUACUUACACUGUCAACCACUCCUCUGAAUUUUCUGAUGAUGAUUCAGUGCAUGACUCUGACAAAAACUCUGAUAUAUCAACAACAACAGCUAAACAAAGAACAUAUGUUUAUACCAUUAAUGCAGAUGAUGAUGGUUCCAAAGAACAAUCUGAAGCAGCCAACCAACGUCUCCGUGUGGAUAUGGGUGGAGAAGUCGCUCUAAGCGAUGAUUCAUCUGUGGAACUUAUGCAAGAAAUUUCUGACAACAAUAAUUUUAGUUUUAGUGGAGUUACAAACCCUGCAUUCCAUGAGGAGGAAACCCACCUUUAAAUUUAAAUGUAAAAUAUUUAAGUGAAGAUGUAUUUUAAAACAGUAGACAUGGAUACUGUAAGUUUCCCUAAUGUUUUUAUUUCAUAAUGUAAUUUGUAUAAGUGUAAGCUCAGAUGUUUCUCACUGUUUGUCUUUAACUAAAUUUCAUUCAGUAAAUGUUUCUCAUUAAUAAAUGUUUUUCAAGUUACAGGUGGGGCCUGCCAGUGAUUUUUUUGCAGCUCGCAAAAAUGAAUUAAAACACUGUCUUUGGCCCGCCAAAAUAGUUAUUUCUUUACUUAUUUGUUUCACAUUCUCAGAUUAAAAUAGAGGCCAGCCAAUUCUGGCUUAUGAGUGAAAUACAGGACAUUUUUAAAACACAUGCAGAAACAUGAUUAAAAAAGUUUUAAAAACAAAAUAUACAAACAUUUCUUAAAAUAGGAUUUACUUAAACACAACAGACUGCCAUAAAAAGAGGAUUUGAUAGGCAAAUUUAGCUACCCUAUAAUAGUGGUUGCCAUCGCUCAUUAAAAAAUUGAAUUUGUCAUUAGAGGUUAAAUCUGCAAAGGAUGGGUUGAUUUGAACAAUAUAAUCGUACAGGUGGGUAAAGCAGUGUAAUUUAUUUUCUAUACUGUUCAAGUUGCACAGACAGCAUUUUAUAUCAUCAACUGGUAUAUUGUUAUUAUGCCCAACCUCAAUUGCAAUCGGGGCACAACCUGACCUAAAAAGGGCUAACGCUCACCUAUUACAUUUCUUCAUGAAAAUGGUUACAUAAGUAGCUGUUCCAUAAAUGGAUUUAAAUGAGUGAUAAGUGCGCAGAUUAUUGCGCGAAUUUGGAUUCUUUCUGUGACCAUUGAAAAUUGCUUCUUUCCAAUGGUUUUCUACAAACAAUUUAGCUGCGCUAUGAGCACGAC